AUUUUGUAGCCUAAAAAUUUUUUUAAAAAAAUGGAGUCCACAUAUAUAGAGAACCCCCGCCGCCUCAUUAAUCCCAAUUCGAUUCCUCCUUAGCGGUGGAGCACAAUCGAUUCCUCGGUGGAGCCUAAUAGGGUUUUGAGUUGGUGAAUAAAAUAGGGAAUAAGCUUUAACUGGCGAUCUAAAAUAGCUACUAGUGUUUAGAUGUUGGUGGAGCAGAGCUCUUGAAGUAUGUGUAGUAGACCAAAUUGUGAAACAACACUUUGUUUCUAAAAGUAGAGUUUUUGAUGCAAAUGGAAGGAAAUUGGAUGAGAUUAGGAGUCGAAAAGAUUCAAACUUCGGAUCUCUUGCUCUGAUACCGCGUGAUUUGGUGAUUGUCUCUUAAAGCUUUGAGCUACGAAAAAAUGGUGCUUUCGCCAUUUACGCUCGGUAUGAAGCAUAGAGAAUGCGAAGUGCAGUCAUGAUUAUUUUGACACAUUUCAUCCAUAUGAGCCAUCUUUCCAUGCAAGCUCGACAACAAACAGAAAGAUAAGAAAGUUUGCUGCUAAAAAUAAACCACAUUUGAGUGCGAAGAUCACCCCUUGCGAAUUCUCUUUAUAUUGGAAUAUAGGAUCAUGUCAGAACACUUUGCGCAUAAAUAUGAAAAUAGGGAAGACGUGCAACUUAUAUUGCACAACGGAAACAAUGGGAAAUCUCAUCGUCAAUGCCAUUUGCCGUGGAUGGCACAUUGGAUGAAAGAAAGCAGCAUUUCGACCCAAGGUUGUAAAAACAUUACUGCCUCUGAUGAAAGCAACGAAGCAGAAUAUGUUAAAGGACGGGAAUUUAUAAGCGCAAUUAAGAAUCAUGAAAGGACCUGUUCAAAGAAUGUAUGGCGAUGCAACACUAAUGUGUUGGAUGUGGUAUAUGAUGUUCAACAGUCAGUUGGAACUGAGAAAGGCGAAAAAGGUAACAAAUUCUUGAACAAUUCCAUGACGCAGAAAGAUGUGAACUUGUUUCAUGCUAAGGCAGUAGUAUCAAAUACCGUAUCAGUCCAUAAACUGCCAGGUUCUUCUGUGAAUUGGGAAAAUGUUAAUACUUACCACUUUUCGAGUUCCGAGAAUUUAGACUCUGAGUGGAAUCAUUUCCCGAUGUUGGAUAUCAAUCGGAAGAUCGAUAGUAUCUUAAAUCCAAAAAGGAAGUCUGGGAAUGGUUCUGUACAUGACAGAAUUGCCGAGCUGAAUGAAACCAUGUCAUCUUCCCAUCUAAUUGCAUUUGCAUCAGAAAGAUAUAAGUUUCGAGCCCAGAGGUCGACAGAAAAAGCUAAUGAAGAGGUGGAUCCUAGUAGAUUUAAUGGUCAUGGAUCAAAAAUGAAGGCUUAUUCUUGCUGCGAGGAGAACAUCUCAUCAAGUUCGCAACAUUUAGUGCGAGAACACUCUAUCAACACUAAUUUCACUAACUUGAAACAUGAAUUAAAUAGUGGCUCUGGCCAUCGUAAAUUUUCCUUUUCGGGGAUGAGAAGUGACAACAAAGUUGUAGCCAGUAGUUUUAGGAGUCGGUGGUCACGAAUGAAUGGUGAAAUUUCUCUUCCAUCGAUAUCUAGUGAAAGUGAUACAGAGAUAUUAAAUGAUUCAAUUAAGAAGAACAAUCCUUUCUCGUCUCUUCAUUCUUUUGAGACACAGGAAAUGAAUUCUAUGGACAGUGAAAGAGGAGGAUCUAUCAAUUUGUCAAAUGAAACUGAACUUUUGUUGACGGAAAAGACUUUAACCAAUGAUUCGUCUCAUCGGAAGCGGUUGAUUGUGGGCUCAACAGAUUUUGGUAAUGGCAAAAGACCUUCCUUGUUUGAAAUGCUAACAUUACCUGCUGCAUCACAUGACGCGCAAAAUGAAGAUUCACAACGUCCCCAGAAAUCAAAGAUUUGUGAGGUGUAUGGCAAUGGUAGAAUUGGCACACAUGAUCAGCUGUUGAAAGCACAGAGUAAAUCAUCAGUUAGAAAUAGAACUAUGGAAAUUGCUGAUCUCCAGGCACCAAGUUCCUUCACAGGUAUAGGCUCUUCUGGAACCCGGAAGGACAUCACAUGCCCAAACUCGAGAAAAUCAGGCCCAGUUGAGCACACUAUUAGCAGAGAUACAGAACAUUUCAAUUCUUCGAAGAGAACAGACUCCAGAACAAAAGAACUGAGCACAUCAAGAGCAGCAACCAUGGAUGCCAAUUGCAUACUUUCCCAUUUACAAGAACCGAAAGAUCCAAAUCUCCCCAUUCGAUCGGAAACCCCAUUAUGUAUUGAACCAAACGGUCGAUGGGUUAAGCGCCUCAGAAAAGACCUUUCAGAAAAUCUUCCUUCCAGCCCCAAGAGACUGAAAACCGGAGAAUGCUCUUCAAAUGGAGAAAUGUGUAGCUUAUUCAACAAAGUGCUUCACUACAACAAGUCCAACUCCGAUAUGUUGAAAUAUCUUGAAGAGCAUCAGCUGCUCGACAAAGCGGUGCAGGUGCCGAACAACUGUCAGAAAUCUUCCGAGGUAUCGACAAAGACUAUGCAAUCUUGGAUCGGAAGAUGGUGCUUUAAAAGCAAUUCAGAAAAAUCUAAUAAUGUUCGUGACCUUCUCAACGAGAGGCAACUUCCGAGCAUCGGGGCAUUGGCGAUGAUGGGAAAAGUGAUGAACAAGGUCCGGCCAUGCAAAUUUGAAAGAAGGGGUCCUUCUAUAGUAUGGAACAUGCAAGGAUCAUGAAGAAAUUUUGGUCUUUUUCACUUGAGUGGUGCAAUUAUAAGGGAGGCGCAAGUAAAUGGUAAUAUGUACUUUUGAUUACUUACUGUUUCUACACACAUAUAUGCUGUACAAUUUAUCUGCAAGGCGAGUAACUUGUUUGCAUCAUGCACAGGUAUGUUCCCUCAAAACUCUCCUUGUUUUUUUUCAAAAAUAUAUAUAUUCUCAUUUGAUUCUUAUU